CCAGAAUUACAGAGCAGUAUGGCAGUGGCCACAACUGAGGAGGAGCCUGAUGUGCAAAGCAGGUGUGAAAGCCAGGCGGGCAGCAGCCUCAGAGAUGAAGGUCUGCACCUGGGACCAGUGGACACAGGUGCGCACGUGGGGUUGAGCCGUGCCGCCCCGUGGCCACGGGCUUCCGGCUCCGAGAACAUGACCACAGCCCAGAACGGCCACGGGCGAGUUGCUGCGAUCCCCUGUUCAGUCUCGGAUCCCACAGACCCCGGCACAGUGACCUACCCGGCCUGUCAGAACGGAGGAUGCGGCGGCGACGCAGAAGCCCAGGACUCCAGGCCGGGCCCCGCCAAGUUCGUGCGCCUCUUCUCCGUGAGCAGGAAGAGGACGGGCGCCCACCCCGAGCGGCCCCGCUCCGUGGUGCUGAUGGGGCACUCUUCCACCUGGAACGCCCUGGCCUCCUUCCGGAAGAUGGGAUCCUUUAAAAAACUGAAGUCCUCCGUCUUUCAAGGAAUUCAAAACCGAGAGGGCUCCGAUGCAGCCAAGGAGGAGGCCUCGGAGCCUGAUGUGGGCCCUGCCCUCCCCAACGGGGCCCAAAGCGUUGGUCCUUGCACCGGCAGCGCGUUGCCAAGCCCGACCGCCCAGGAAGCAGCGCGCAAAGACUCCCUUGAGCCAAAACCUGGCAGCCAGUUUACAUGGGAACCCGAGCAGCCUACGCCUCUAAGGCCCACCGCCCCCAAGCCCCCUAGCCCCCAGAGCCCAUCAGGGAAGGACCCCAACAACCUCAGCGCGCUGUCCCUGAGCUCAGUGGACAGUAACGAAAGGGCAGAAGGUCCUGUGCCCUUCCCGGAUUUGGUGCCAGCCACCUGUGACAACGGCAGUGAGGACAGCGGGUCCAGAAGCCACCCUCAGCUGAGCCUCGGCGAGGCUUCGGGUCCCGAAGAAAAGGAGGAGGAGGAGCAGGCGGACUCUGCUGAUUGUCCCACCAUUACAGUUAUUCUUGUCAACCUGCUGCUUACCACAUUCAGCGGUCAUCUUUAUCUCUUUUGA